AUGGAUUCCGCGGAAGGAUCUCCCAGCACCAGAUCAGAGUCACCCGAAAUACGCCCAGGACAGAAAGGUGCUAAGGCACGUGCUGAAGUGAUAGACGCGGGUAACGAUAAAUAUGCCAUCUACAACCCGGUGACAAAGUUGUGGAGGGUGUCGAUGAAUAUCAGAACCGCGGAAAUAACGGACUCUCGGCCCUCAAACAACCGGAUCUACGAGGACCUUGACUUUGCACCCCUGGACUCAGCGAACACGUCAACCGCACAAGGUGCUGAUAAGGGCAAAAAGCCAAAGCCAUGUCCAACCGAACUCGACCUGCUUCGAAGCGCCUGCAUUCCUGAUGAUUCCGAAGACUUAGCGAAUAAUCCUAUUGUACAGGCUCUUCAACGUGAUCCAACUCCUGAUGAUUCCGAAGACUUAGCGAAUAAUCCUAUUGUACAGACUCUUCAACGUGAUCCAACUCCUGAAGAUUCUCUACCAACCGGAGAACAAGCAGUACACAGCCAUGGAGUGAAGAAAGAUGGCAUACCCGAUGCUGCCCAGCAGGCGAAACCAAAAAACAAGCAAACGGGUCUUGACCCCAACUCCCCGCCUUUGUCGGAUAUUCACCGCAUUUUUGACUUGAUCACUGAACACGCUGUCAGCAAGGGUCUGCUCGACGCAUGCGCGCCCUUCGGAGACGGCGGCAUCAGAGUGCUCACUAUGUGCUCCGGCACAGAGAGCCCGUUUGUCGCUAUGGACCUUGUUCGAAAGUCUUUGACCUCGCAAGGGCACGGCGGUAGAUUCAAAUACGAGCACCUGGGGAGUGCCGAGAUCGAGCCUUUCAAGCAAGCGUUCAUCGAGAGGAACUUUAGUCCACCCGUGAUAUUUCGUGAUGUCACGGAGUUCAGCUCCCACUCGCAAAAUCCAGACAAUGAAGACUACCUGCCUGUCACAGCCUAUGGAGCGCGCUGCAGACCUCCCCGCGAUGUUCAUAUCUUGAUUGCCGGUUCGUCUUGCGUCGACUACUCCAAUCUGAACAAUGCUAAAGGAGAAUGGAAAGGGCAACGCGGCGAGGGUGAAUCUGCAAUGACUCUGGAUGGCAUUGGUGCAUACGCCCAGAUGCACAAGCCAACAAUCAUCAUAAUUGAGAAUGUUGAAGCGGCUCCAUGGGAAGAGAUCAAAAUCUUUUGGCGUAAGAAAGGCUACGAGUCUGUGCCCCUGAAGCUGGACACCGUCGAUUACUAUCUCCCACAAACCCGGAAUCGAGGAUAUUUGUUCGGCAUACACAUAGAGCGAGCUAAAGAAACGGGUUUCGACAUUGAGAAAGGUCACAAGGAAUGGGUCACGCUGAUGGCAAGUUUUCAACGCCGGGCUUCAUCGCCAUAUUGUGACUUCAUCUUCACCGACGACGAUCCGCGUCUACAGCUUAGCAAGCACACUGGCGAUGACAGCAGAACAAAAGCCUCGGUCGCCUGGGUCAACUGUCGUAAGCGGCAUGUGGCUGUACGCGUGGCUGAUGGGUUGGGAUCCGGCACACCGUUUACCAAGCGCCGUGGACUUACGGAACCAAAACUCGACGAUUAUGCCGACCAGAGCUGGGCGAUUCGUCAAUCCAAGAGAGUUCUGGAUGUUCUUGAUAUCCGCCAACUCUCCUACGUUGUGCAACGAGACUUCGAUAUGAGAUACAAGCACAGAAAUAUCAAUGUCACCCAAAAUGUCGACCGGGAUGAGGAUCGUCGCCGGUGGGGCAUUGUUGGAUGCGUUACGCCGAAAGGCUGUCUUUUUGACACUCGACGAGGUGCUCCGUUAUCUGGACUCGAGAUCCUGUCCUUGCAAGGAUUCCCAAUCACAAAACUUGACUUGGGAAAGCACACUUCAAGCCAGCUUCAAGAUCUGGCAGGAAAUGCAAUGUCAACCACAGUCAUUGGUGCAGCAAUUCUGAGUGCUUUAAUUGCCUGUCACAAGACUUCCGGACAAAAUUCCAGCAUAUUCCCAGCUUACAUCAACCAGGAAAUGGGCAAAGACAAUACGCAGCGCGAUUCUCUCUCAGAAGUUACCACCGAGAAAACCUUGAAAGCGGAGAUCGAAAAACAAAACCUGGAAGACAUUUUUCAAAAGUGGACGAGUGCUCCACGCGCAGAAUCUUUGGCCGAGGUCGUCCGUCUCGCUGUGGAACUCCAACCGCUCUGUAAUUGCGAGGGGCUUCAUCGCCGCAGCAGACACCCGUUGUUAUUUUGCCCAGAGUGCUAUUACACGUGCUGCAAGGGUUGCAACAGAGACGCGCAUGGACAACAGAAACUGAGCCACCUGGCAAUUCCACGAAAAGACCGUCCCCUCGCGAACAAAUUUGUGAAAUAUUUGACUGAGCUACUCCCCCCAGUCCUACAAAAUCGAUGCCCAGACGAUACAACACAAUUGUUCAACCAUGGGGUCUUCGAAUCGGCGCGGGAUUUAAUCCUACAAGCACUUGGAAGUCAGGUCCAAUUUCAAGGGAUCAAGUUUGAAAGCUCUUGGAAGGUUGUGUAUGAGUCGACGAGUUGCCGUCUGGAGCUCGAAUUUGUCCAGAAGCGCUAUCUUUGUGACCCGUGUUUAGACCACGAGCAUUCAGACCAACCACAACUCCACCUGGAGGCCAUACCCAAGUGGCUGCUAUUCGCCAAAGCUCCAGAAGAGAUGCCAGCAAAGAGCUCUAUCCGAGAUUUAUUCCGAUAUCCUGUCGCCAGAAUGCAGCCCCAUGCAAAUCUUUUUGAGGGAGUCUGGGAAUAUUGGGACGGGUCUUCGAAAGGUUUCAAGCUUCAUGUCACUGGCAAAGGUGCGCAAGUUAAAUCGUGGGAGCAGAGUCUAGGCAUCGAAGCCAAGCCGUUUGCAACGUUAAACGCAUUCUCAAUUCUCGAAGUCAGCCCUCCACGUGGUACCCAAGGGGACCAACCCUCGGCAUUUGAUGCAGUCGUCGGCGAAUACAAGCUGCUCCAGAAUUGUCCCGCGCCCAGCGGCACCUUACACCGAAGAGUUGUCCGGCCCUCAUACGAAGCACCAACUUUUCUGUUCCUGAAGUCCGGCCCUUUGAACGAUGCGUGCCUUGAUCGUGUUGUGUUCUCAACUCAACCAUCUCGACGAGACUUGAACGAAGACAGAGCGGCUCUGGUGAGCCUUGACGCCUCUUGGAGACCUGUUGCUACAGCUGAACUAGCCAAGGGCAUGGACAUCGACUGUGAGAUCAUGAGUCAAUGGUCAGAUUGCCAAGGGCAGAGUCUAGAGAUACCAGUCGAUGAGAACACCAUUCAUCGGUGGUGUCAGGCUCCAGGUAUAAGUCCCAUGUCUUCCACAGGAUGCGCACAUAGUCACUCGACAAUUUUGCUCCUGGACUUGAGCUUUGAUAUGAAUGCCGUGCAAAGACUACAGUGUCGCCGAGACCUUCGCAUUGAUCUGGAACGGGAACCUGAAGCAUUGAGCGAAUUUGGAUGGAUUCUGUCCCAUGCAGCCAGCAUCCCUCAGUUGAGUGAUGGUUGGCGACCCAUUAAGGAUCUUGAAAUUGCUAUGUGCAACGAAUGCUAUCCUCCGGCACCCUCAGUCAGAUGGAUUCUAAAGAAGAUGGGAGACAAGGAAAAACUUGUCGCCAUGGAGAUUCCUCUCGAAGCCGCGAGGUAUGAACGCCUCCUGAAAAUGAGACCCAAGCCAGCAAUCGCACUUUUGCAAAAUCUCGACGGAAAAGUUAUGCUGAACAUAGUGGUCAAUGUCAAAACACUGGCCCACCGCGCAGUCUCACAGCUGUUGCGUCCCGACCAGCCCAUUCCCGCGCUCAAAUCUCUAGAAUGGCGGAUAGACUCCUAUGACCGUUUUGCACCUCCACAAGAGUUUGCCGCUCCACAGCUUUUGUCCAACGAGCAAGACCAAGUCGAUCCGCAGAUACACGCCGACUUACGUCUCAAGCGCCAAUUAUGGCCCACUCAAUCUCGCGCUCUUGCUUGGAUGUACUCUCAAGAAAACAGCCCGCCAGAAUGGGAUGAAAUGUCUCUGGUCGAGUCUUGCCUGCCUGCACUAGGGUGGAGACUUGAAACAAAAGCUCUCCUACCAAGUACUCAAGUCCGCGGUGGUAUCAUCGCUGAUGAAGUAGGAGCUGGGAAGACUACCACCUCUCUUGCCCUGGUCGAGUUAGACUAUGAGCGGUCUGCAACAGCAUUCAAAACUGACUCUCAAUUGACGAAAUUUCACUCCAAUGCCACCCUAAUACUGGUCCCUAAGAACAUCGUCAAGCAAUGGGAGUCUGAGAUCGCUCGGACUCUAUCAUGGGAAAAGCUCAAUAGUGGUCGCUCAAGUUCGAUUACGGGUCCAUAUUACAUUGUCGCCGAGACACCGAAGCAACUACAGGGAUAUUCUCACGAGCAAAUCCGCUCGGCCCGACUAAUCCUGGCUCCAUGGGACAUUUUUCAAGAAGAGGCGUACUUGAAGGAUCUGCGCAAUAUUGCCUGCUCUCCUUGCGUUCCAGAUGGUCGCGGCUUUCAAGAGUGGUUAAGCAUAGCUUUGUCAAGUCUAGGUUCCUGUGUCGAGUCGUUGAAACAGGGCGAGACCGAGUUCUGGGCCAAAUGGGCUGAAAUAAGAUCGAAAACAGCAGCGGAAUCAAAGUAUGAGCGAUUCCAAGGAUAUGUGUCGCGGGCGACCCACAAAGCCAUGAACAAAGCAGCAAAGAAAAAGAAGGGAGCAGCAGCCAUUAAGGAUGAUGACGAUGAUGCAGCUGAAGAAGGCCCAAGCAAGCCUCACUGCAAUGCACCAACAUCCAAGGAUCCUGACGCCCAGACAGAGGCUGAUGGAAACAACAAUGACAAUAAAGCCAAAGUCUCGGAAGAUCAGGGCCAGGAGCAGAAACAAGUUGUUCCUCCCAAACAGCGUCGCAAGCCUGUUGCAAAGUCUUCCGCUGAGGAAUCGGUAACGACAGCUGAAGAAGGCCUCCGUAAGGAACUGGAUGCUUUUGAGAAGAAACGCAAAAUUCCUGUCCUCCUGCACAUGUUCGCAUUUCGAAGACUCAUUGUGGAUGAAUUCACCUACAUUCAAGGCGAGACAUCAAUGGCGCUUCUACAACUUGGUGCAUCCGCGAGAUGGCUGCUUUCUGGAACUCCGCCGAUCUAUGAUUAUGACAAUCUCAACACUAUGGCGAAAUUGUUGGGUACGCGGAUUGCGACGUAUGAUGAGAAGGAGGGAAGUUUGGGAUUUGGAAAGGAUGGCUCAAGAAUGACCAAAGGCAAGACUGCCGCACAAGAAUUCCACUCAUAUCAAGACAUCGCUUCACCAGCAUACAAGGGCCAGGUAUAUGGACUUGCACGAGAGUUUUCGUCAAAGUUCAUUCGGAAGAACGAGACAUCAAAAGAAGGUCUUGUAAGAAAACGAACUCUCUACAAAUUCCAGCUCACUCCCUCCGAGUUAAUCACAUAUUUGGACGUCAAUCAGCUAGCAAUGGACCCAGAUCGAUCGUUCAGCCAAAAAGAGAAACCGAAGAUCGUGCAAGAUCCGGAUCAACCCAAAUUCGUCCAGAUGCUUACGCCGUUGGUCGACCAAUCGAACGGGCCAACUGAAGCUCAAUUGUGCUCGAGUUUGAUGCUGGAAAAGGUCCUAAGCGUGACGGCCGAAGCAAACGGCCAGAGUGACGAAGAGAUGUUGAAGACCCUCAUCAAUGUCGAGGUGCAGAGAUUGACCAGUUUGGUCAACGAACAAAGAGAGUUCGUUCUGCACAGAACUCGACAAGUCUUGCAGCUCCUACGAGAACUCUCCUUUCUCAAGGACGCGGUGGUAGAAACGUCGGCGGCAAGUUUUGCCAGGUUCACGCAGAACGCCGCCAAGGGCAACUUGGCCGACACCGCGGCCGUCGAGAUUGUGAAGCUCCUCAUCGACUACUCGCAGGAGAAUCCUUCGGCGCCCAGUCGUCUUCUUGCCGGCGGCGGCAAGACCCCAUUCACGCCGGAUGGGGUCAAGGAUGCCACCGUCGGCACGAAAGAAGUCGACGUGCGGGUGGCCAUGGUGGAGAGCCACCUGGAGGUUCUCCUGCGAGGACUCCGUCGACUGCGUUUUCUGGGUGUCGUCGUGGGCGCCUUCGAGAGCACCUCGCCUCCGGGCGAGUGUUCGACAUGCGGCGAAAUGCCGUUACACAAGGCAGGGCUUUCGGUCGCAACUCAAUGCGGCCACCUCCUGUGCGAACAGUGUCUCUCGAAGGAAUGCUGUGAGUUCGCGGGGGCUGGAAAAGUCAUUCCAGUCUCCCAGUUCGAACUCCGCGCGACCUCGGGGGCUCCCGCCUCGGUGGCGGGAGCCAGAAUGCGGCUCGCCGUGGCCCUCGUCAAGAAGGCCACCCAGGAGGGUGACUUGGUCCUGGUCUUUGCCCAGUUCGAGGGCAUGAAGAACGCUUUUGUCAAGGCGUGCCGCGCGGCGGACAUUGUCUGCCACGAUGGCUACCAGGGCGCGACAGCGCAGGCGGUGGAGACCUUCCGGCAGUCGAAGGAGCCUGGCGUCCUUGUUCUCAAGGUCGACAGCCCGGACGCUGCCGGUUGGAACCUCCAGGUUGCCAACCAUGUCAUCUUUCUGGCGCCCUUUGUGGCGGGCGAGGAGGAGCGGAAGGCCACCAUUGCUCAAGCCAUCGGUCGGUCGUGGCGAUUCGGCCAGAAGAAGGACGUUCACGUCCAUCAUCUGGCCGCCAUGACCACCGUUGAGCCGGGCAUGGUGGUCUGGGAGGACGAGUAG